GAAGUAUCCCCUCGUGGAUGUUGAAUUUCAGCGGAUUUCUGAAGAAUACGCCGUUUUCUCAUUGACGGAAUUUAUCUAGACAGCUGUUAUGACAUGACCGAAGAGCAACGCACAUGUACAGGUAUAGAUCUCGGAGAGAUGGAGCUACCUGUGGAGGACAGAUUAUGUGGGAAGAUGAGGACUGCCUGUGGUUUUCACUGUUACCUCAAGGACGUUUUCACAUGGCAUCUGCUGAAAACCAUAGCCAUGGGUCAGGUCCUGUCCCUGCUGAUCUGUGGGACUGCGGUGAGCUGUCAGUAUCUGGCUGAUGCCAAGGUGGAGACGCCCAUGCUGCAGAGCUUCCUCAAUUACGCUCUCCUGCUGCUCACAUACACCUCAAUCCUCAGCUUCCGCAAAGGUGACAGGAACAUCCUGAAGAUUUUAAAAACCAAGUGGUGGAAGUACUUGAUAAUGGGCCUGGCAGAUGUGGAGGCAAACUAUGCCGUAGUGAAGGCGUACCAGUUCACCACCCUGACAAGUAUACAGCUCCUGGACUGCUUUGUGAUCCCGGUGCUCAUGCUGCUGUCGUGGUUCUUCCUGAAGACUCGCUACAAGCUAGUCCACUAUGUCGCUGUGGUUGUGUGUUUGUUGGGCGUGGGCGCCAUGGUCGGAGCCGACAUUGUGGCAGAAAGAGAUCAGGGAUCCAGCAGUGAUGUUCUGCUGGGAGAUGGUUUGGUUCUGCUCAGUGCCGUCCUCUAUGCCGUUUCCAAUGUGUGCCAGGAGCACACAGUGAAGAACCUGAGCCGAGUUGAAUUCCUGGGCACCAUGGGCCUCUUUGGGACCGUUAUCAGUGGCAUACAACUUGCAGUGCUGGAAACUCAAGCAAUUGCAGACAUUAAGUGGGAUCUUCACAUUGCCCUGCUGUUUGCGGUCUACGUGCUGUGCAUGUACGCACUGUACAGCUUCAUGCCCGUGGUGGUGAAGAUGACCAGCGCGACGGCGGUCAACCUCUCUCUGCUCACCGCUGACCUCUUCAGCCUCUUCUGUGGCAUGUUCCUCUUCCACUACUUGUUCUCAGCCCUCUACAUCGUCUCCUUCGUGGUCAUCUCGGUGGGUUUCGUCAUGUUCAACGCCGUCCCGACGUACUCGGCUCUACCCGAGGAGCCUGCUGAGGAGGCGGCUGACCACACGGCUCAGUCCUCGUCAGACUACCAGCAGGCCGCCUACGCAGGGUCGCUGACGUCCGAGACGUACACAGUGUUCGAUGCUCUAUGACGGAGUGUGAAGCGCCUCCAGGGCGGCUUUACUCUCUGGAGCAAAGCAACAAGUGAUGGACAGUAUGAAGUGGCCUGUUAGAUUUACUGAAGACUGCUGUACCAUUCGAUUGCACCUCAAUCUCCUCAUUCCUGCCGUACAUUAAUCAUUUCCUUUUACCUCCUGUUACUGCACUUGUACUGGUAUGGACUUCUUUUUUUUAAUGAAAACAAUAUAUAAAUGUGUUUUAUUUAAAUUGUUCCAAAACACCACAAUGACUUCAUUUCUUUUUUUAAAAGAAUAUUUACAUUUUAUCACAGUAUUCAGCUGCUAUUUUAUUGCCUACUGAAUCAUCAUCCAGACAAAUCUUUUAGAUUAUAUUUUAUUUUAGUUGUCUCAGAUUAGUGUUCAUGUUUGUACUAUUCUGUAAUCCAUCAGAUUACUGCAAGUGACUUUGCUUUUUUGCUCCAUAUUGCCAAAAAACAGCAUAAAAUGUACUUUUUUUUACUAAUAAAUUCUUUU